UUCAGUAGCAACACAAAAGCAACAACUUUUCGCUCACUUUGUCCUUUAUUCUUAAUAUACGAUAAUAAUUUUUUCUGUUGUUACUCUUGCCAUUUUUACCCACAUAAAUAUACGUUGCAAGCAUUAAGCAAGCUGAUGUUUAUCACACAUACAAUUGUGGUGCAAAAAAAAGAAGAGAAACUUUGUCGACAAAGACUAACAUAGAGAGCGAAAAAAAAAUUUAAAUUACAUUUUAACAAAAGGCAACCGAAGGGACAAAGUAGUGAAGACAUAAACUGAUAUUUAUGCACAACUCGGAUACAUAAAAUUGAUCAAUCAAUUUGCCAAAGUGGUAACGGAAAAUAAACCGCAAUAAAAGUAGCACAAGAACAUUAUGUGAUGAGAUGUGCAGCAAGUGAAUUGAAAACUAAAGAACAUCGACCAAAAAAGCAACAACAACAACAGAAGCAACCGAAAACCAAAACGAAGAAACGACACCGACAACUUCAACGACUACGACGACAACUAUCGAUAACAACUAAAAGAAAACUAACAACCAGAAAUACGACGAAUGUUAAAAGUGAUAAAGUGAAAAAGCAACUCUAUCUGUACAUGUUACAUUGUGAAUAUGUGUAUGUGUGUGUGUGUGUGGGGAGAGUGAGUAAAGUGUUUGUGAAAAAUCGAUGGUGAAGUUUUGAAUCGAAGAUAGAAAGAGAGAAACGGGAAAAUAAAUCCGUAAAAUAAGCUGCUUCCUUUUUAAUACUCAUGUGCAUGCAGAGAAAGAGCAAAUAGUACAGCUGUAGCAGAAGUAGUUGGCCAAAUGGCAAAUUCUCGCUAAUGAAAUCGAGCAUGAAAAUAGAACAUCACAGUGGACAAUUGAGGCUAAAUGACGGCAGACGCAAUUGAAGCAACAACAAAAAAAAAGAGAUGAGAAGAAAAAACACAAUCACCAGUCCAGCACAGCACAGUGAAUGUACACAUUGAAUAUAAUUACGCCAAAUGUUGUGCAAUUCGAGCAGCUGAAUAUUAUCCUCUAAACGACUCUGGACUAUCCAUCGGCCAAAUGUGAUGAGGCUAAAGCAGCGAGCGAGCGAACGAGAGAGACAUUUGACGAAUGAUGCGAUAUAUAUAAAAUAAAAUUACCAACUAUAAAUUGCACAACAACACUCAGUCAAAGUGAUGCUCAGCAUAAUUCUCUCGCGCACAGUCCAAGGGCAAUAAAAAAAAACGGAACACACUCAGACACACACAACGACACCGAAACCAAACCCGACAAAAUGAAAUAUUCUGCCCUGGAAACUUAUCCAUCGUGUUUUCUUCACCGUUUUGAAUUUGACGUGAUGUUCAGCUGAAAAACGUCGUUGCCAGUUGAGAAAAUUGUCAAAACAAAGCAACAACAAAAAACUCUGCCCAAACAGAAGACGACCAAACAAACACACAGAAGAAGAGAAAAAAAACAAUAACCGAAAACAACACCGUGAAUUGUGAAUUGCAUGAAAUGUGGAAUGUGUUUUCAUCAGCGAAGCAAAAGUGGAUGAUUUGUUAUGAAAUGUGUUGUGUAGAAAACGUGCACGUUGUGUUUGAGUGGGAGCAAUAGAACGAGUGUUUUGUCUCUCAUUUCAUUGCGCGCUCGAAGAAAAAACAACAACAAGAUCUUCGAAUACGAAAAAGCAUUUAACAAAAGUUGUACAGAGAAGAGAAAAAAAAAGUAUUUGCAAAACUUUUGAAACCAAAGUGAAAUAAAUGUUAAACCAAUAGAAAGAAUACGAAUACACGCGAGCGCUUAUCGCGCGACACAAAUGAUGGAAAUGAGCAUACAUUAAACAGAAAAAAAAAUUGCACGAGAUAAUAAAUAAACGGGAAAAAAAAGUUUUGAUAUUUUGCCGUCUCUGUUUGUCAUUUGAUUUGUGUCAGUUCUCACGGCGAGCACAAAGAUAAAGAAAAAAAAGAUCCGAAAAGAAAUACCAAGAAUAUUAAUAACGUCAAGUGAAACGCAACAACAUUCGCAACGGAAAACUGAGAAACAAGGACACCGAAUUCGAACCAAGUGAAAACAAAGUUUUUGAUAUCAAAGUUAUAUGUAUGAAAUGAUAAGGAAAAGCGAAGCAUUUGUGUUCCACAAGAAGUAAUCAAGUAGCCAAAAAACAAACGAACGAGCGAGCAAGCAUUGAGACGCAACGGGGGCAUAAAAAACAGGACAACGUACACAGGCAAUGCCAUUUGCCCGCCAUCUAUAAAAUAUCCAAACACAAAAACAACGAGGACAGAAGAAGAGCAACAGCAGUGAUAUACAGUGACAGCAAUUUUACGGAAACUAAUACAAAAUGUAAGAGAGCGAAAAAAAAGCAUUGAAUCUUUGUUUGAAAUUGAUGCCCGUUUGAGGACAACCAACGCCUGAACACACACAACCUCCACUGGAUCAUGUUGGCUGCCACAUUAUUUGUUUCGGUGACGUUGAUGAAUCAAAUGCCGAGCAUUUUAUAAGCAAUAUGUAUGGAAACAUUCAACAUUUAUGGUAAUUUACGCUGGCUCGUAUCAUCUAUCAAACACAAUGGAUGGAGAAAAUCGCAUAAUUUUGAACGUCGGCGGAGUCAGGUACGAAACCUACAAAGCCACAUUAAAGAAAAUCCCAGCAACACGCUUAUCACGCCUUACCGAAGCAUUAGCUAAUUACGAUCCAAUAUUGAAUGAAUAUUUUUUCGAUCGGCAUCCCAUCGUAUUCGCACAAAUACUCAACUAUUAUCGAACGGGUAAAUUACAUUAUCCGACCGACGUUUGUGGACCACUAUUCGAAGAGGAAUUAGAUUUUUGGGGACUUGAUAGUAAUCAGGUUGAGCCAUGUUGUUGGAGUACGUACAGCACCCAUAGGGACACGCAAAAUACAUUAGCAAUUUUAGAUAAAUUAGAUUUGGAUAACGAGGAUGAGCCAUCUGAGGAGUCGGUGGCCCGCAUGUUUGGUUUCGAAGAGAAUCUAAUGAACGGUGAUUUGUCAUAUUGGCAACGCACCAAACCAAAAAUCUGGGCACUAUUUGACGAACCAUCUAGCUCAACUGGCGCGAAGAUAAUUGCCUGUGCCUCUGUAUUAUUUAUAAUGGUAUCUGUGAUAUCUUUUUGCUUAAAAACCCAUCCCGGUUUUCGUGUAGAACUGCCACCAGCGUUGAGUGGUGAAUUCAUCAAUAGCAGCCUGAAUCAUCACAGUCGGAGUCCAUAUUCAUCGACGGCAAUGCCAAAAACAACCACGUUCAAAUAUGUGAGCAGUAAGAGCAGUGGCAGUAGUUUCAGUCCAACAUCAACGGAGAACAUUGCAUCAGCAUCAGCAUCACCAUCAUCAUUACCAUCGCCAACGACGACAAUAUUUUCUUCAUCGACCAUACAACAAGAGCGUCCCGAACGAAAGCCGGCCCCGUUCAGUGUGGGCGAUCGAUCGACAUGGCUGGAUGCCACCGAUAGUCAGCCGCACGAAGCAUUUUUUUAUGUCGAACUUCUUUGUAAUAUAUGGUUUAUCGUUGAAUUUACUACAAGAUUCCUGGUUUCACCAAACAUGUUGGAGUUUAUCAAGUCCCCAGUAAAUUUAGUCGAUUUAGUGUCAACGUUGAGUUUUUAUUUUGAGAUAAAACAGCGUUUGGGCGAACAGACUGGUUUAUUUGAAGCCUUGUCAAUAGUGCGUAUAUUACGUUUGUUUAAAUUAACACGGCAUUCGCCCGGGCUGCGCAUUCUCAUCCAUACGUUUAAGGCAUCUGCCAAAGAGCUAACGCUGCUAGUGUUCUUCUUGAUGCUGGGUAUUGUCGUAUUUGCCAGUUUAGUUUAUUAUGCAGAACGAUUGCAAGACAAUCCAGAUAAUGAGUUCAAGAGCAUACCGCUCGGCUUAUGGUGGGCCAUUGUAACGAUGACUACAGUCGGUUAUGGUGAUAUGGCGCCGAAGACGUAUAUCGGGAUGUUCGUUGGAGCUCUAUGUGCAUUAGCCGGUGUGUUGACAAUUGCUCUACCCGUGCCAGUCAUUGUCAGCAACUUCUCCAUGUUCUAUUCGCACACGCAGGCACGAUCAAAACUACCGAAGAAACGUCGACGCGUAUUGCCCGUUGAGCAACCGAGACGAAAAACCCGUGAACCACCAGUAGCAAAUCGACGAACGAACGCACUCAAGCAUCAACAUACACAUCCUGGUGCACAGUCACAUCCAUCCGUUUUAAAGGAUAGCUUUGGUUCGACAAAAAGUGGCCAUGUGAAUGGUGUGAAUGUGAUCGGAUUAACACAAUCUACAGCAUCACCAUCUAAUCAGCCCAUGUCAACGUCAAUGUCAACCAAAAUGGCCAACAUGACUGGCGGCGCCACCAAUUUCUCCAAUCCAUCAUCAGCAGGCGAAGGCUUUUCAGCUCAAUCAUCGUCCGUACAAUGUCUAAAGCCACGACCGCCAACCACCUGUAAUUUGGAGUAUGUUUCACCGAAAUCGGUGCUGCUCCAACCGAAGCUAUUGAAUUCCAAUUUAGAUGAGCGCAAAGAAUCCAAAGGUAGUAUAACCAAUUCGGACGAAAUAGUCGUAGCAGAUACAGCAUACACCAAUGGCCAUGGCACUGCUGCUGGUUCUGCCACUAUCGCCAUCGUAGCACCACACAAAGUCACCACAGUUUACGAAGAAAACGAAAAAACCGGCGGAUCGACCGACGUAAGUGAUAAAAGCAAGUAGAUUUAAAAACACGAAGAAAAAACCAUGAUUGUGACAACAGAUUUUUUACCAUGACUUUUAUUAAUCUCAAUGUUUUCAUCAUUAUUAAUGAUGGUCAACGACGACGACGACACUCCCGAUAGCAUCGUCGUCGUCGUCGUCGUCGGCCAAAAUCGAAAAAUAUCCACACAACAUAACACACAGACACACUGGAUAUUUAAAUAUAGGAUCUAGAUAAAUGAUACAGAUAACGAAGAAAUGCAAAUGUAAAAACAACUUGAAAUAAUAGGUUAGACAAUGAUGUUUCCAUUUAUUCUAAACAACACUUGUUUAAAUGUCAUUUAAGCCGAAAAAAAAGCUUCACUCUUAAACAUGGGUCUGUCUCUUGAACGCGCACCCGUGCGUGUGCUCUUCAAUCCCCCAUUCUAAGGAGAUUACAACAGACGUGCCGCACGUCAAAUGCCAACAUAAUAUUUCACCUUCGAAAACUAAAAACCAAGAUAAAACUUCUCUCGCUGAGACGCUCUUACUCGCCCUCUUUCUGUCUCGUUCAUAUGGCUGCAAAUGAUCCCGUUGACGUGAGUUUUUAAGCCAAAAGGUAUCACGUCUCAUUUGAUUCCUCGAAAAUUUAUCUGAUUAUAGUUCAAAAGUGAAAUUGAAUUUUUUCCCAUCGUCGUCUUCUUCCUUUUCGUUUCGGUAAAUAAUUUCGGUCACGCACACCCGAACAUCAAAUUGAAACCACUCGCUGUGAGAAAAAAAACGAAGGAGCAGUUUUUUUUUCUGGUUUCAAGGAAGAAAUCUCUAUCGAAAAUUGCGAAACUUUGCAUAUCGUUCAAUACAUGGAUUUACAUGCGGUUUUUUUUCUUCAAUUUUGCUUUGAUUAUAAAAACGUACCACCGAUAUCAUUUCAUUGUGGCCAAUGCGACACAAAAAAUUACUUUUCUUACUACUUUAUGUGUAUCCCCUUGAUAUAAUUGAAUUGGACCAUGGUUAAUCUGUUUUCUUCUCGACUUUUUCCAGAUUUGCUUUUGCUUUUUCUAUCCUUCUUACUAUUUGAUUGUUGUAAACUUAGAUUGAAAUCGAAAACUCAAAAGGUCGAAAUUCAAUGAUUGUGAAAAACUAAUGAACUGCAACGAUGAGACAGCUUCUGUCAAUCGAUAAGAAAGAGAGACAGAGAGAAUUAAAUCGAAGGGAAUAAGUGGCAUGUCUUAGAUGUGAGAUGGCACUCAUUGUACGUAUACUUGUGUUGCACAAAAACCCAAAACCAAAAUAUAAGCAACAAAAAAAAAAAACCAGAAGUUGUGUAUAUAUAUUUUUGGAUGUUCGUUGAUAAGAGACUUUGAAAAAGCUUGUCACUCUAUUUUUGUUCGUUUUUUUUUCUCUAAGCAUUUUUUGUUGCGUUUCAUUCAAAAUAAAAACAAAAAUUGAUUUAAUUGACAUUGAUCUAAGAUCGCAUUCAACAAAGCGAAUGAAAGAAAAAACUGUUGAAUAAAUUUUCCAACGAAAGUGUACAUAAAAUGGAAAGCAAAGCAAAAAAUCGAAGCAAACAAAUGAUAUUAUAAAUAGUAUGAGUAAGUUACCGGUACGUAUAAUGUGUGAGCAAAAUUGAAAGCAAAUCUAAAUCAACACAAGGAAAAGGAAUGUUCUGCAUCAUCUUAUAUAUAUAUACACCUAACAUAUACAUAUAUAUAUUUUUCUUUUUUCAACGGUCGACAUUAGAAUGUAUCAAGUCUCUUCAAAGAAAAAUGCACCUAUUUCACGACAUUUACAGCAUAAUUCACUUUAGCGCUAAUCUUGUGAUUUACAAUGAAAGAUAGAGAGGAGAAAAAAAAGCAACAGCAGAAACUUUUCAUUAUUCUAGCUCGUUUUUAUUAUAGUCAUAUAGGUUCUUUAUAUAGAGUUAGGUUAUCAUAGCGAAUGAAAUAAUCCCGAUUGGAAAAGAUAUAGAGAUUAAAUUUGAUGAGGAAAGAAAAAAGCACAAAAUAAAUCCGAUUGAAAGCAAUGAUAUUGCGAUAGUGAACCGAAAAGAAAUGAAUGAAAAAGCCAUUAGAGAAAAGCAGAGAAAAA